GACCAGAGCGGGGAGCUUACAGAUACAUAACAUGCAUUUUACCAGUGAUUGAAGCAUAGCUACUGUGACACAUAGGAAAGUGGUCUUUUCAGCACAGGCGCUGCUGUACCAUGAGUGGGUCUCAGCCAAGCUCGGAGUCCAAAUGUCUUGAGAAUGGUGACAGUGGCAGGAAUAAAACUGGUGUAUCCAGUCUGCUUAAGUACAGGUUUCAGAAGACAGCGGUUAACAAAGUGCAGAGUGUCAAGAAUGGGGUGGAAGUCACCAGGGCCCAACCCUCAACUCCAGAAAAACAACAGGUGACUGUGAUCCCAGAGACUCCAGAAGCCAGUCACCCAAGUCCUAUAUCUAGUCCAAUAUUUACCAAAGUCCAGCAGGACUCCAGUCCAAUGUCUAGUCCAGUAUUCACAAAGACCAAGGGAAGGAAAGCACCUGCUCGCAUUUUAGAAACAGACUCUGAGGAAGAAUCUGCCAAAUCUCCACUGAAAACUCCAUCUUCUCCAUGGCUGUCCAAAGAAUUUGGUAAACAAGUAUUGAACGGAACUGUGGAUCUUAGUCACAAAGCAGAGACAGAGUUUUGUGAGAAACUAACUGCGUUACAGGAGUUGUUUCCGACCAGGCCAAGAGUGUAUCUGGAACAGGCAAUUAAAUCUACCCCUAACUUGGACCAAGCAAUAGAUGCUGUUAUAGCAUUUGACACAAUGGGCACUUCAGAGAGGAAGAGGUCACGCCAGGAAAGCCAGGAGAGUGUGGAGUCUGACAUAUCUUUUCCAAGGUCUAAGAAAUGCCGGCCACUGCGGAUAGACAGCUCUAGUUCCCAGCAUUCACAGGAGGAGGAGGUUGCUAGUUUUCAUAUAGAUGAAGAAACCAAACAAGAAAGGAUUAGAUUUCUUAAAGAAGCAUUCCCAAAUAUCCCUGAAAAGGAUCUGUCUGUGGUACUGUCAGAUAACCAGUGGUCAAUGGAACAGGCCACCGAGUCCUUGACAGCAUUCCAAAGCCAGGGGGAUGACCAAAGUAACCAGCAACAUGAUGGUGACAAGGAAGUUAUUGAGAUAUCUGAUGAAGACAGCAACCAGCCUUCUACAUCACUGCCUGUUAAACAACAGCAUAUUCAGUACACAGCAAAAAGGAAAAACAUUAAAGAUUUUGAGGAGGAAGAAGAGGAGUUUGAAAUGGGUGCCUAUGACAGUGAUAGUAGCAUUGAGUUUGAUGAAGAUGACUCACGACGUCAGGCUGCCAGGGAGAUGGUGUUUUCUUUCUUCAAUGAAGCAAUAUAUGAAGAGCUCCUUAAUAUGCCCACCUGCUCCAAGAAAAAAGCUGAACUUAUUAUGAGUCUAAGGCCUUUUGAAAGCUUUCAGGAUUUGGUAGAAAAAUUUGAUUCCACCAAAGGACUGAGCUACGAUACCCUGACAGGUUGCCAGGAGCUGAUCCGCACACGAGCAGCUGUGACAAAGCUGAUGUUGAGAUGUGAGGACAUUUCUAGGAGGAUGGAGUCUCUGGUCAGCAGACUGACUGGAGAUGUGGCCUUGCAUGGAGAGGAGGGAGAAAUCACCCGGCAACCAAGUGUACUCAAUUCAGAUUUCACUUUAAAGCCUUAUCAAAUGGUCGGCCUGAACUGGAUUAGACUGAUGCACAAACAGGAGUUGAAUGGAAUUCUUGCAGAUGAAAUGGGUCUAGGCAAGACUAUACAGGCCAUAGCAUUCCUAGCACAUCUCUUAGAAAUAGGUGACACUGGACCUCAUAUCAUUAUUGUGCCUUCUUCAACUUUGGACAACUGGCUUAGAGAGUUAAAAGUGUGGUGCCCAAGUCUUGAGGUGUGUGUCUACUAUGGUAGUCAGAGUGAAAGGGCCGAAAUCAGAUACCAAAUACUUGGAGGACAGAUUGACUUCAAUGUUAUGGUUACCUCGUACAACAUUGCCACUGGUACAGCAGAGGACAGGGGUUUAUUCAAGAAGUUCAAGUUCCAUUAUGCUGUAUUAGAUGAGGCACACAUGUUGAAAAAUAUGUCAUCUGCUAGAUACCAGAGUCUAAUGAGAGUCAGUGCAAGCAGACGUCUGCUGCUCACAGGGACCCCUCUGCAGAACAAUCUGGUAGAGCUGAUGUCCCUGCUCUGCUUUGUGAUGCCUGAAAUCUUUGUUGGGAAAACAGAACAGCUGAAGAGGAUUUUCUCAACUUGUACUAAAGGGGCCAGUGACAAUUCUGGACGAAGUGAGUUUGAGAAGGGCAGAAUAGCUCAUGCUAAACGCAUCAUGAAGCCUUUUGUCUUGAGGCGCUUGAAGUCUGAGGUUCUGAAACAGCUGCCAGCCAAAGUAGAAAAAAUACAUCAUUGUCCCUUGACAAAUGAACAGCGGCGGCUGUAUGAUGAGCUGGUGACUAAAUACUCCGCACAGUCUUUAAAGGAAGACCAAGAGGAAAAGGGGUCCUCCAUCUUAAUGCAGCUUAGAAAGAUGGCCAACCACCAACUUCUGCAUAGGAACAAAUAUCCUGAUAAUGUGCUGAGACAUAUGGCCAAACUGAUGUUGAAGGAACCUACGCACACAGAUGCCAAUGAAGAAUAUAUAUACGAAGACAUGCAAGUUAUGUCCGACUUUGAACUCCAUAAGUUAUGUCAAAUGUACAAGGUUUUGUCAAAUUUUGAUCUGAAGGAGGAGGUUAUUUUGGAAACUGGAAAAUUCCGGGUGUUAGAUGACUUUCUACCUGACAUGAAGACUAAGGGUGACAGGGUGCUGCUUUUUAGUCAGUUUACUAUGAUGUUAGAUAUUAUAGAAGAAUAUAUGAAAGCUAGAGGACACAGAUACUUCAGAUUAGAUGGAAGUACCCCUGUAGUAGAAAGACAAGAAAUGAUAGACAGGUUCAACAACGACAAAGACAUCUUCAUAUUUUUACUGUCCACUAAAGCUGGUGGUCUGGGCAUCAACCUGACUUCGGCCAAUGUUGUGAUACUCCAUGAUAUAGACUUCAAUCCUUACAAUGACAAGCAGGCAGAGGACAGGUGUCACAGAGUAGGGCAAACAAGAGAUGUGACAGUGAUCCGUCUUAUUGCUUCUAACACAGUGGAGGAGGCCAUGUUGGCCUGCGCCAACCAGAAAUUACAACUAGAACAAGAUCUCACUGGGAAACAAAACACAUCAGAGGCCUCAGUUGUUGUCAAGCUACUUAAAGAGUCCUUGAAAGCUGGAACAAGCUCAGGGAGUGAAGUGUGAAGAGAAAUUCCACUCAAAUUACACUAGAUAAUACUCUGGCUACUUCAUACUGAAUUGGAGAAUGACUCUUGGUGUAGUUCAACACAUUCAAGCUCUUACAAAAACAUGAAGAUUUUUGUGAUUAUGAAAUACAGUUUCUCAUUUUGAUAUUUAGUUUGCAUGUACAAGGUCUUCACUGAUGUUAUUGAGUAACAUAUUCCCUGUUCACAGUGAAAUGGUUUAAGUUAUUGCAUGAAGAUUGAUGUAAUUUUUGAUUAUCUGUUCAUAAUUAUCAUACCAAUCAUGAUGUGAAAUUAAGAAAUUUGUGAAGGUAAUUGGGGUACACCGCUUUUUAGAGUGACUGGAUUGAUUUGAUAAUUGUGCCAUUAAUUUGAAGUUGAGGCCCUUUUUUUGUUGAAGAGAGGUGUCAGAAUAGAUGUCCUGUGUUUUUUUUUUUUUUUGGUUAUAGAAUUAAAAAACUUAAUUGCAUGAAAUACCAUUUUAUAACCAAUUUUUCAUCCAAACAAAAUAUGACAAAACUAAGCAUGAUGUUACUUGAUCCUUCAUACUGUUAUCUCAAUUAUGUAUAAUAAAAGUAAAGAUUAAAACUAAUGUAUUUCUAAUAAAAGAAGGAGAUGUCUUUCUAUAAAA